CUUUUACGGCAUGCUCAUUCGGCUUUACGGCACCACCGGUGCUGCAGAAACGGAGUGGAAGGUGGAAGCAAGAUUAGCUUUUGUGGCUAGAGUUAGUGACAGUGUGAAGCCAUCAGGUAUAAGAAGUCUGUUGUGAUUCUUUAGUAAAAGUUUACAUGUUCGCGUUAGAGGGCUUAGAGACAACUACAUGUUCUGGCAGUAAGGUGUCUGCUGAGGUAGAUCUCUACUUUUCUUCGAGCUUUGCAUGUCAAGUUAGCUAACGGCAGCAAGCAGCAGUCCCUCCUCGCCGUGUAGCCUCAUCUCAUCUGUGGCAGGAUCUGUCUUUACACAGUUUCUGAGGAUCUUCUUACAAACAUGCCUAUUCAGCUGACAAGUCAGGCUUACUGUAAAAUGAUUUUACAUGCUGCCAAGUAUCCACACUGCGCAGUGAAUGGACUUCUGGUGGCAGAAAAGACGAAGGAGAAGAAGAAAGACUUCCACAGUGGACCUGUCAUAUGUGUGGACUGUGUGCCCCUAUUUCAUGGCACUCUUGCUCUGGCACCAAUGCUAGAAGUAGCUUUAACUCUGAUCGACACUUGGUGUAAAGAAAACAAUUAUGUCAUUGCUGCAUAUUAUCAAGCCAAUGAACGCACGAAGGAUUCAAGACCCAACCAAGUUGCAGAAAAAGUGGCUGCCAGGAUUUCUGAGAACUUCAAUGAUGCAGCAAUUAUUAUGGUGGACAACAGUAGAUUAACGAUGAGCUGUUUUGAGCCCAUCGUCUUUAUCUAUGAUCACCAUGAAAACAAGUGGAAAUGCAGAGAAGUAACCUGUGACUGUUUUGAGGACUGGAGUGAAGCACAGAAGAUCACGUCAACUCUGUUGGAGGGCCGGUCUUAUGAGAACUUGAUUGACUUUGACAAUCACUUGGAUGAUCUGAGGAAUGACUGGACCAACCCUGUGAUCAACAAGUCCGUCCUGGAUCUCUGCUAAAACCCCCAGUCAGGAGUACCUCAGACAAAUACACACAAAUCUUGCUGACAUUUCAGUAAGUGUGAUGCUACUGAUUCGGUAGCAUACGAGUACAUAGAGGCUGGGUUUUUGUUCCAUCUAAAGGCUCCCGUAUGACGGAGGGACUUGUGGAGCAUUGACCAGUCAGGUCAAAAUCUCUAAAGGGCAAGCAAGCGCUACGUCAGCACUAACAGCAUGUGCCCACCUUUACAAGGUGAUGAAACGCAAAUGUGCUUUUGAAUGCAACUUAGAUGUUUUUCUUUCUGCAACGGUUUGUGUUUAUUCAUAGUUGUGUGCAUAAAGUUUAAUUGUAGAAUAUUUUAUCUUUUUUUCCUCUAAAAUUUUAUAGCCACUAGCCAUAAAGAGAUCAAGUUCUAAAUAAUUUAAAGUGUAGGUGGUGAUUGUACUACUGAGAUAAGACAUAAAUACUUUUCUUAAAUAAAUUCUACUUUAAAACGAAAUUCACAAGCAGAACUGUGGUCUGAGGAUCUUUUUGGUGGUUUGGUUAAAAACCACUACAAAAAGAUGAGUUUCAAACAUUUGAUAUUUUUUCCCAUCAGACUUUGUCACAAUGUGAGUCCUUCAGAAGCACCACCAGUGAUGAAGGGAUGAUGGAUUAAUAAAUAAGUGUGACCUGAAGAGAUUUAUGCCUACCCACAUUUUUAUGAUGCAUGAUGUUGUAAUCGGUGAGCUUCAGAAUGCCAUUGUUGUUGAUUUACAUUUUGGCAUGUUGGUUUUGGAUUGUUUCUCUGGAAGAUUGGCUGAAAAAUGUAAAAAGUGAUUCAGAUCACAGGGAUGUGUGAAGUUUGUUUUAGGAUAAGUCAGUUGUAUUUAUUUAUACUUAAAUGACCUCUCUGAAAUUAACUAUUUAAUAAGAGAUGUAAAAUUGAAAUACUUAUGUGAAGAUGCAGAACUGCCUUUGUACCUUAGAUUAGCAUUUUAAUCAGAAAGAGCUAAUCACUAAUUGUGUGGCAUCACAUUUUUUACAGAAAUUUUAUGAACUGAAUGUACAAUGAAACAAACUUUUUAAAAUA